ACCAGCGCUGCUGCUGGCUGCCUACGUCAGAGGUGGUACUGCGGCGCAGUGUCGGGCUGCAGCAUGGUGGGACAGAUGCGCAGGAGGAUGCGACACACGGGCUGAAGAAAGUUUUAAGAUGCUGCACAAAGCAGCGGACUUCACAUGGCGCAAAUAGGGCUGCAACCAAGACAUCGAAACCUCCUUAGCUUCUGAUGCGAGGAUUGUUUUCUUUUCGCUGCCUGGACACACACGUAGCCUACAUACACUCAUACACCGGCCUGUGUGUCACGGCCACUCCACCUGCAUGAUCUGUGAGCCAGGUGAGUCGGGAGUGUAAACACGAGUAGUGGGUGUGGUGUCAUUCUCAUAGUCUGUGUGACCCACUACAUAUAGGCCAGUGGCAAACUGGUGAGACAGCUUUUCGUUUACACAAAGCAACGCAGCAGCAGCGGGACGCGGGCUGUUGUCUUUGGCUCGUCCUGUAUAAUAAUCUAUCAUUAGUAGAAAAUAUCCAGAAGAACUGACGUCGGCUGCUGAGCCCGCAGGAUGAACUUCAAGAACUUGAGGGAGUACCUGGCCUGGCUGUACUACCAGUACCUUCUCAUCACAGGCAUCUAUGUCCUGGAGCCGUGGGAAAAGUCCAUCUUUAACUCCAUCCUCUUCUCUGCCAUCGCCAUGGUGAUCUACACCUCAUAUGUCUUUGUGCCCAUUCACGUACGUCUGGCAUUGGAGUUUUUCUCUGGCAUCUGCGGUGGACAGCCUGAGAGCACCAUGGCACUCAUGAACUAAAAGAAAGCAGAGAAUAUGGAGGAAAGGAUUAGUCCACUAAUCAUUUUCUAUAACUCAACUCCGUAGCUCUUGGAGCACCUUGAGCCUCUCUUAACACCACAUUAAUCUUGAACCUAUCAGUCACCUCAGCAAAUCCUAAUCAAGACUGAAAACAUGAAGAUCUUAAAGGAAUGCUCUGGAAAUCAGAGCCUCACUAUCUUCUUUACAUCCCAAACCCUCUGGCCUUACCCCACGGUAUUAGACACACGACUGUACAUUUCUUUCACACCCUCGCUGUGGAACGUCUUGUGAAAUGUUGUCUGUCCUUUUUGUUGUUUUUUUUAAUUCUUCUUACCCUAUGUUCUGUGUGAGUGCAUAUCACCUCUGGGUUUUGCAUGAUAGGAUCAUACAUGGGUAGUAGAUUUGCAUGCUUGUCUCACUACAAAAUACUACUAGACCCUCUUCCUUCCGCCAUACCGCAGUUUUUAUGUCUUUGUUUAUCUGCUGUAUCUGUGACAACAUGUUAUCACUGAUUGUGAAGCACUCCCAGAUAAAGAGGGAGUUAGCAGUCAUCCCAACAUAUUUGGCAUGCACUUACUGGUUGAUUUAUGGUUUUGUAUCAGAACCACUAUCACCUUUUUUAGUUGCCUUUAUGCACUGUAACACUAAUUGGCAGGGUACAUUGCACAUUUCAUGAAGCCAUUGUGUAGCUGAUCUUUAAAGAGAGAGUUGAUAGAAAAGCUAAAGCUAUGCAAUGAAUCAAAAAGCGUCAUGAUCAGGGAUCUGUCAGUUGUUGGAAUGUUUGUCCCUAAGCCUACAUUUGCUGAUUUCCUUGUCAAAAUGAGGAAUAAACUGCAAUAAUGGCAUCGAUGUGUGCCGAACCCUCUCUUUAUCUCCAGUGUUUUAACUGUUGGUAUGUCAGGAAGGUGUGCUCACCACUGAGCAUUAUCAAAUAUUGACAAAACACACCUUUGUGUGUUAGGCUUGGCUUUGUUAAUGACAUCGCUUUACUUAAUCAACAGCCUCUGGACUCAAAGCAAAACUGUUUGCUUUCACAUGUAAAAAUGCAGAGACACUGCAGUCAAAUUGGCCUGAAUGAAAAGCAAAGCCUGACUGGCCAACCAAAAACAUUGUCUUCCUAGUAGUUGAGCACUGAGCAUUGCGUUUAGUUGUGUGUUCAAGAUCAUCUUUGACUUUUGUGCUUUGGGUCAAGGGCUCGCUGAUUACAGUCUAAACAUGAUCUCUAUGUUAACCUUAUUUAUAUGGAGUUAUAUAUUUAUACACACUGGUAAAUGCUUGGCUGGUUACAAUGUCAAUUACCAAACUGUUUUAAUUAUUUAUAUCUGUGUUCUCUUGUGGCCAUAAAUAACACAUACUAUAAUUUGUUCUUUAUGUUUUACUCCAGCUGAACAUGCUUUUAUAUUGUUUCCCGUUUAUGUCAUUUAGUUUUGCAGUAGUCCGGGACAUUUCUGUACCAUGAAUGAGGAGCUCUUUAAGAAGCUUUAAGACAGAAGACAUCUCUUGUCACCAAAUGAAUGUUUUAUUUAUAUAUGAUAGCAACACAUCACUGCAACAUUCAGGAAAUAAAGACAUCUGAUGAUACGUCUUUCUCAUCCAAGUUUGGUUUUUGAUUUGAAUGUACGCUGAUAAAACAAGCAGAA